UUUCCAAGUGCUCGCUGCUGCUUCCCCUCUCUAGUUUCCAUUAUGAAACUCCUGAAGAAGCUCAGCCCUACCCGUCUCUUUCGUUCCCGAUCCAUUUCCCGAUCGCCGUCGCUCUCGGCAACCUCCUCGUCCGAUGCCUCCGUCGCCGGAGGAAACACGACACCGAAAAGCGUGCUGCAAUCGUCCGAUCUAAUCCAUGUCUUCAACAAGAUGGACAGAGACGGUAACGGAAAGAUCACGAGAGACGAAUUAGAGGUGGUUUUUAGCCGGCUAGUACCGGAACCUCUGAGCGAAAUCGAAAUAACUGCUAUGCUUUGCGAUGUAGAUCUAGACGGUGAUGGCUGCAUUAGUUUAGAUGAAUUAAAACUUCUUGGCUCUGCUUUUGAACGCCCUGCUUGUCAAUCAGAACUCUUAUACGCUUUCGAGUUCUUCGAUGCCGAUCGUGACGGACGGAUCACGGCGGAGGAUCUCUACGCCGGGCUCGCGGCUGUCGGAGACAGUUGUACGCCGGAGGAAUGCGUGCGUAUGAUAAGCGGAGUGGACGCCAAUGGAGAUGGAUUUGUCUGCUUCGAGGACUUCGCUCGUAUGAUGCAACAGCAGAAAUGAAUUGUUUGUUAAUCGAGUAAUGAUUAUUACAUAAAUCUUUAGCCCAAACACAAAGGGGGUUAAGGUUUGUAAUUAUGAUUGCUUUUAGCAAAUUGAAAACGGCAAUUUACAAUUAUAAUUUUAAAUAAAUUAUAUAUCAUUUAACAUU